UAAAAGUUCUCAAAUCUCCAUACUCCACCAUCCACUUGACUUCGUGCAUCUACCUGUUGGUUGGCUGGAUUAUCUUGUUCCGUGCAAAGAUGUCUGCGCACCAAAUGCAGUGCAAGCAGCCAACCACCCUCCCACCCGGCCUGAGCAAAAGCACUUCAAAGCAAAGCCAAGAGCCUGUGCCAUGCGUUGAGCCGGUACCGUGUCCUCAACAGCAGCAGCCUGGAGUUCAGAUCCCAGUGCCGUGCCCAGAACCAGUCCCUGUAGUGGUGGUGCCAGGCCCAGAAAAAGCAGCACCGGUAGUGGAACCAGGCCAAGGACCAACGCCAGUUGUCGUGGUACCUGAGUGUCCACCCCAGGAACAGCAGCAGCAGCAGCAAUGCAAGCUACCACCAACUUUCCCUCCUGUCCCAUGCCCUGAGCCUGUCCCAUGCCCUCCAGAGAAACUACCAUGCAAAGAGCUGCCGGAGCCAGCCCCUGUUCCCUGCCCUGAACCAGCUCCAUAUCCCCAGGAGGAGCAGCAGGGCAAGGAGAUCCCCGUGCCAGCCCCUGUUCCCUGCCCUGAACCAGCUCCAUAUCCCCAGGAGAAGCAGGAAUGCAAGGAGAUCCCAGUGCCGAUCCCUGCUCCCUGCCCUGAACCAGCUCCAUAUCCCCAGGAGAAGCAGGAAUGCAAGGAGAUCCCAGUGCCGAUCCCUGUUCCCUGCCCUGAACCAGCUCCAUAUCCCCAGGAGGAGCAGCAGGGCAAGGAGAUCCCAGUGCCGAUCCCUGUUCCCUGCCCUGAACCAGCUCCAUAUCCCCAGGAGGAGCAGCAGGGCAAGGAGAUCCCAGUGCCGAUCCCUGCUCCCUGCCCUGAACCAGCUCCAUAUCCCCAGGAGAAGCAGGAAUGCAAGGAGAUCCCGGUGCCAAUCCCUGCUCCCUGCCCUGAACCAGCUCCAUAUCCCCAGGAGAAGCAGGAAUGCAAGGAGAUCCCGGUGCCAAUCCCUGCUCCCUGCCCUGAACCAGCUCCAUAUCCCCAGGAGAAGCAGGAAUGCAAGGAGAUCCCGGUGCCGAUCCCUGCUCCCUGCCCGGAGCUGGAGCAGUGCUCCCUCUCGGAGAAGUGUCCGCCCGUCGAGCAGCAGCAAGUGAAGCAGCCCAUCCAGUGGCCGCCGGCGCAGAAGUAGGAGAACAAGGAAAGCCUUGAAGAAAGAAGCAGAGUAGCAGCCCAUCCUGCCUCCCCUCGCCUUGCAAUUAGCAGUCAUUUUCCAUCGCCCUUUUAUUCGCUGCAGAGUUUAGCACAGCUUCCACCCCGCCGUACUCACGCUAACAGUAUCCUGUACUAACAGCCAUAUACUAACUGCACGUCAGGACCGUCAGUGGACAGUAGAGCUUCACGGAGCGUGGGUAGGCACACGCAUUUGACUUUCUAGUGGCCUGACUCUCCCUCCUCUCCCAGUCAUCCCGCUGGUUUUCGCAGGCCGGGAGAGAGACGGAGAGCAUGACGGCAGGCUGCGGCCAGGGCUCGUGAAGCUGAUACCCAAACCUAACCCGAACGCAGAGACCCCGAGCUCAUCGCGCGGCCCUGCACGCUGCCUCCUGCUUUUCACGCUUCCCUCCGCAGCUCCCCGUAGGCGCGUGCCGUCUCCUGCCUCGCAUUUAGGGGGUUUGCCUAUUAAUAGAAGGAUUUGGGGGUUGUGCAGAACCUACUAGUACUAGUUCUGGUCCAUGGCAACAAGACUUGCCAGAAUCAUGAAUCCACAGUGCUAAAUACUUCAGGCAAUGCAAAAUCCAUUGGGCUAGAGGAAAUAGAAAGGUUUUUACUGAAGAUCCGUCACCUUUUAAUUAUCUGUUUGGCCGAAUUGGUAGUAAUCAGCCCUCAGCACUUUCCUCAGAGCUCACCGUAGAUUCUCUAGGAUCUGUAAAGAACAGCGCAAGCCGAGGGUAUUUAUGGAAAAGAUAUAGGUGAUUAAAUCCAACCCAGACAUAUUUUGAAAUAAAUUAACCUCAGGUGUGGCCUCCAUCUAUUACACAGACUAAAGGAGGAGGUACACACAGUGCUGUCCGAAUUACGCUCUGGAACAUGUUUCACCGCACAGUCUUGUUGCCUGUGUGUUUGGUACUUAUCUCUAAUUAUUUUAGGCUGAUAUUGUAUCCAAGAUUUAUUUCACUGUGAAAAUCACCAAUAAAAAUGACUUUGAAUACUGA